AGUGUGCACGAUAUACUUUCUAUAGGACAUAAGUAUGUGUGUCACUUGGUUUUUAUUCAUAAUUACACUCCAAAUCCUAUCCCCGGCCCGACUUUAGGCACAAACACGCACAGUCGCACACACAAAACUCUCACAACUCCUCCCUUACACGACCUCAAUCCCUCGAAACUGGUUUCGCACUGUCACCAAGGAGCUUCUUGACGGCCGACUUUCAAUUGGCUCUGUAAACAUGGUAAACGAGCAAGUUUUGGAAACCAAGCCUCAGUUUAUUACUCUCAUUACAUACCGAUGGAUAUGCAGCGAAGAAGGCUGUGGACAUAAUGAAUUACCUGCUUCGAUUGUUGAUGUGUUUCCUCGUAACAAGAUCAGUUGCUGCAAAGCUGGUCGUGAGGAGUAGCAGCCCGGUUACCUCCUUUGUCGGCGACCGGACUGAGUUGACGUGCUCCUUCUCCCCAUCCAGCUCCCCGGGAUCCUCAUUCGCUUGGUCUCUCGACGGCAAAAAUGGAUUCAGCGAGCAGGUACGAUUAUGUGGCGGCGAAGAUUGCGAUUCAACGCGACACCAAUCCGUCAUAUCUGAUGAAAACGGAACGGGGAGGAUGACGAUCAUCAUUUUGGAUACGGUCCUGUCGGAUGCUGGGAAUUACACCUGUUUGGUGCUGAACAACCAUGAUGCGCAAUCAGCCGUGGUCAAUCUGGACGUUACGGAGUGUACUGUCCACCGACCGACCGUAGAUUGCGACGACAGUAUUGACCUCAACUCAUUCAUGGAUCUCACGUGCUCAUAUCUUACCCCGUACCAGACUUUGGAAGAGUUCACGCGGAUCGCCAAAAUAUUCCUCUCACCUUCCUUGAGACCCGAAUAUACAUCAAGUUUGCCCGGGUUUGAGAUUCACGUGAACGUUACCCGGGAUAGCAUUCCAAAUGCCUCCGAGGUAGCGGCAGACCUGCGACUGAUUUCACAGUGCUGUAGGACGGAGUCGUCUAUGCCAUGUAGACCACCUGAUAGACAGAACGUAUGUUCUGACGUCUGCUCCACCGAUGUGUAUUAUCCACCUUCUGACCUCGUCUUGACCCGAUCCCCAUUGGAACCUUGGCGGGAAAGAUGGCACAAUGCAUCCUUGGCGUGCAGAUCAAAUGGCUUUCCACCACCUAGUGUCUCCUGGAGGAAGGUUCAAGAGGACACCUCACCUGGCAUUGUCUUAGCUAACGGGACAGGGUCAUCCUGGUUGUUCAUUGCAGAGGUGCAUCGCAAUCAUUCUGGAGAUUACCGAUGUGAAGCCGGUUUGGCGGCGCAAAGAACAACUAUCUCUGUGCAAUAUCCCCCUGAUAUUGAUCGACGGGUGUCCAUUAUUCACGCCAAUGAGGGGACCGGAGCCAUCCUUUCGUGUCUUGUUGAUGCCAAUCCUUCAACGACAUCGAUGAUCACGUGGUCAACGCCUAACCAAUCACAGGUCACUACUAGUACCUUCAGAAGACUCUCGACAACUCUACUGGAGAGCAGAUUGCAGGUCGCAGAGAAUGUUCACAGAGAUGUCUUCGGGAAUUAUACUUGUACCGCCAUAAAUUCACUCGGAGCAGAUUCGUUCGUUAUUCAGCUCACCGGAUACUGCUUCCCAGAUCCCCCUCAUGACCUGCAGGUUAUCAGCUCCUCGAAAACAUCCCUCACUUUCUCGUGGACACCCGGUCAAGAUGGUGGCAAGCCGAUGACAUUCGCAGUCUCAUACUGCGUCAACGACACCCAGGAAGAAAGGUGCCGCAGAGAACAGGGGAUAACGGAUUGGCAGUUCAUCCUAGACGGGCUAAGGACCUAUACUCAGUACAGAAUAAUAGUACGAGCAGAAAACGAAGUCGGGAGCAGUGAUGGCGUUGACAUCUUUGCGUCGACUGCUCCGGGUACUGUAGAUGAAUUGGGUAUAAGUGCAACAUAUGAAAUGAAAACAGGAAGGCUUGACAUCUCCUCAACAGAGAGGGACACAAGUGACCUCUGCAUCCAUGCUGAGUUUCACGUCGGCGGGUUGCAGAAAAUGAAUGAAACGUGUUUACUUCCGGGUCGGACGGUGUACAUCACGAAUGGCGCCAGGGAGCAUCAGCUGUGGCUGGUCGUGUGUGGCCGUGGUGUUUGCAGUGCCUCAACACGUGUAGAGUACCUGGAUGGCAGCGAUGGAAGAUGGAGCCUGCUCUUCAUCUUGGUCGUUUCACUGGGAUGUUGUCUCGGGGUGACUGUGUUAGUUAUUAUUUCCUACUGGCUGUGUCGCGUAACAAAAGAAAGACGAUGGAAUUCUGUGGAUUUUGAUGGCAUGUCAACGAUUCAAAGAGCCCUUCCCUUACCCCCGGCCUGUGCCCUGGCGAUUGGAAUAGGCCCCAAUUCGUUCAAAAAUGAGGACUCAGAACUUCAGAACUAUGAUGCAAUCUUGAAUAUCAAGGGUAAGGAAAUCAGUGACAACCAGCACAACUCCAACAUCAAUACACCGGGAAACACCAUCACUCAAUCGGAUCUAAAGAUCACCCAUGGAGAUCCAUUUCCUCCAGAAGGCUACAUGAAGAUGGAUGCAGGCAAGACAGUAGGUGUCCCUGACCAAGGCAUCUACACCACCCACUUGCAUCUCAUACAGGACGGGCCGAAGGAAGCUGAAGGAAUUCCUUACGGGAACGCGGCGAUCGUCCAGACAUGCCAGAAUUUGACGCCAAAGGCGACGGACGAACCUGUGCAGCUGCCCCACAUCGAGGUCAACGAUGACACCUACACGGUUGCCGAACGUAACAAGGAAGAGCCUUCGGACUACAUGGUUCCGACGAGUCCAGGAUGCGAUUCUGUCCAUGAUACUGUCCUGUAACCCGAGGAAGUCAUGCCCUAAACAGCACACUCUAACAUAAAUCCCGGGUCAGGUAGAUCAGGAAACUGGAACUUUUAGUGUGCGAUCUGUUCCGGGUAGGAGAAGAUGUCCAUGAAUAUAGGUCCAGUGUGACUAAAAAGGGCCGGAUCUGAUCCGCAAACGGUUACAUCGGACCAUACUUCGGCCAUGUUGACACAGACCGGAAAAUGACGUCAAUAAACCCAUUUUUAAGUCAUUUCUACCCGGGUCGUAUGCCUAUACUUGCUAGCUGUAAACUUAAUACGCUCAAUAAUUUAUCUUAAAGGUUGAUUGGAUCAAUUGUAAAUCUUUGUAAUACGGGCGCCUCGUUUCACUUGUGAUAUUAUUAUCACAAAAUGUCCAUCUUCGAAUUCGCAUAUUUGGAUAUUGACUCAAAGUGGUUUCCAAAGUUUGUGCGAGUGUGUGAUUGGGUGGGAAAAUGAAGUCCCAUCAUGCGGAUGGAGUGUUGAUAAUUGGUUAAAAUGAGAGGAAACAUAUAGGCCUAUGUGCGUUCUAAAUUUCAGAUAUUUUUGUUAUGCAGGGGCCUGUGUAUUGUGAAGUUUCAUGCAUUAAAGAGCUAAUACUUUGAUCAUUUUAGAGAGACUUUAAACAAAAUAAAUAUUAUUUUACUUCAGGGCCGCGGAACCGGGGAGGGGGCUGAGGAAGGCUUGGCCAUCGACCCCAUCACCACUUUUUUCAAUAAAAACGUACAAAAAUGCCAUUGAAUUGUGAUUAUAGGCAGGUUCGACGCCUCCCUCACUUUCGGCUGAGCCUCCCCCCCCCCCCUCCCCCUUUAUUUUCGAAUUUCUCCUCUGCGACCCCUCGGCAUGCUUGAGCGCGCUUGUGGAUGUUGGUGUUUGGAUGAGUUUGAGAUGGGAACGGGAUGGGUCCAUGGUUCCAGUAUGACCGUUUUAUUAUGAGUAUGUGGAUAGGAUCAUAUCGGCGGGAUCACCCUUUCUCUAUUAAUAUUUCUUCAAUGAAAAUUUGCUUUAAUAUUAGACCUACACUAUCAAUUGAUAUGUUGUGUUGGUUGAUUGGUGUGUAUUUAUGAAGUUUAUUAAUUAUUUAUCAAAGAUCUUGUUCUAUUUCAUUCCAGGAUGUUUUAAAAGAAAUGUAUAUAUAUACACAAGCAUGUGUUUAUUACCUAUUUUGUUUUUAAAUUGAAUACUGCACCGAAGAUUUUGUUCAAUACUUUAACUUGUGAAAAAUGUGUGUUUUUUAACAAAGAAAAAUAAUUAUAUAAUAUAGAAUUUAAAAAUAAAUUGCUUUAGCCUUCAGAUG